AUAGAGUAGUUAUCUGACGCAGACGAUCAAAUCCUACGUUUGGCACGCUGUCUGUCGGAAUCUUCAACAAGUACCACGUGGGUCUCGUGUUGUGAUCAGGUUCUGUGCUCAAUAUCACCUGUCAAAAAAAUCGUUCCUACAACUGGCAAAUACACUAGAUAUUCUGGUUCUUUCACCAAUAAUCAGAGAUGGGUCGUCUAGCUGAGCUGGCUGGAGACGAAAAGUCUGGAGAAAAGUCACGAACAUUUGUAUUUCAAGACGAGGGACAUACUUUAGGGAAUGCUCUUCGCUCCAUUAUAGCUCAAUAUCCUAAUGUCCAGUUUUGUGGAUAUACUGUACCACAUCCUGCAGAAACCAAGAUGCACUUCAGGAUACAAGCAAAAUCUGGGCGAGCUGUAGAUGUACUCAGACAAGGAUUGGAAGACUUAGAAAAGGUCUGUGAGCAUACAACUGAAGCAUUUGAAAGUGCAUGGGACAGCUUUCGAAAUAAAUCCGACGACUCAAUGGAUACUAAUCAUUAGCAGUAAAUAACUGUAUUGAGUCACAAGAAUGAUGUUGCCUGAAUUAAAUCAAUUUUCAGAAAUCA